GAACUCGAUGACAGCACACUGCUGCCGACAUUCCUUGCCCAAGAUCCCGCAAGGAUGCAAGCGGCCAUGAAUAUGAUUGCUGAUGGGACUAUCAAUCUCACGCACUUCUUCCAUGAACAUCCAUAUCAAACGGUGAUCGACCCAGCAACUGGCAAACAGAAUCCACAGCUCGUUUCUUUCCUAGAUGAUCUCAUACAGGCCUACGGAGGUAGCUUUCCCAACCUUUCUCGGUUUGCGGAGGGCCAAUCCAGAAACUUGCAGCAACCAGAGGAGAAAUUAGUAGGAGAUUUUGAAAUCCUUGGUGCCGUGCUUUCUGCAUGUCGCAGCGAUAGAGCGGAUGUACAGAUCAGAGAAUCAGCAAAUGAUGCGGAGAUUAUUGCAAAGGUUUGGGGCGCUUUUGCGCAACGAUUGAAGAAUGUCUCAUCUAUGCAGCAUACCGAAGCCGUGGUCAGGACCUUUCUGGGAGGUUUGGACAUACUCGAAAAACUACCUGCAUCGAAGACAAGAGCGGCAAGCGCUUCAGACCUUGCGUGCUUAGUCCACGUUCUUGACACCAAAGAGCAUGUUAAAGCUUUUAAUCGCGCGAUUGAAAUUGGGAUUUCCACACACGACGCCGAGUUGAUCUACAAAGCAGUGCUAUCGCUCCAACAUCUCAAUCGAGACUGCAUUCGGCGCUGCGCAUUAUACUUGAUGAAAAAGGCUCGUAGAGGGAAAUCGCUGGAAAUCUUUCAUGCUGUGCCAGACGCUAUUGGCAAGGCGAUAGGUUAUCCUGCGAUAGUUGUGAAAGAGUGGUACGACCAUGGCGGGGUUUAUACAGACCCGAUCACCUGGGCAGAGCGGGAAAUUGGACCACCUCAGAAAUCAGAAUAG